AUGUCGUCUGCUGCCGGAGAUGAGCCUGGUAAAUCAUGGCUCAUAAUAGGCCGCAAUGGCGACAAUGACGAGAGGGAGCCGAACCAAGAGAGCUCAUCGUCCCGGUCGCAAGAAAAGGAACCUGUGACGGACGAUUGGGAAACGAGGUCGGUGGGUUUCGGCGAAACUCUCCCUCAUCAUCAUCAUCAUCAUCAUCAGAACGUUCGCCGCCAGAAGAAGCGUCCCUUCCCCAAACCCGGCGUCGGUCGUGUGACAGCCGCCGCCGCCGCCGCCGCCAUCGGCGUCCUGCAUCAACAUCAAACCUCGUUCAUCAGCACCACGUUAAUGGACCCCAACACCGGAAACAGCAACAGCAACAACAACAACAACAACAACAACAAGGACAACGAAAACGUGAUGAUGAUGACGACGACGACGACGAGCGAAGACAACGCGUCCGACAUUCUCAACUCAUCUUCCGCCGCCGCCGCCGCCGCCGCCGCCGACAAUAAUGACGACGACGACGACGACGAUCUCAUGAACGAAAUGGCCAUUCCCAUCAUAAAUAAGUCGCCGCCGCCGCUGAUGAGUAAAAGGAUGUCGGCCGGGAAACGCGUCGUCAUCAACGUGGGCGGUGUGAAGCACGAAGUGCUGUGGCGUACCUUGGAGCGGCUGCCCAACACUCGACUCGGGCGCCUCAGGAAGUGUUGCGGCAGUCACGAGGCCAUCAUGGAAAUCUGCGACGACUACUCCAUCGCCGACAACGAGUUCUUCUUUGACCGCCACCCGCGCUCUUUUUCCUCCAUACUGAAUUUCUACCGGUCCGGCAAGUUGCACAUUGUGGAAGAAAUGUGCGUGUUGGCCUUUAGCGACGACCUGGAGUUUUGGGACAUUGACGAGUUGUACAUUGAGUCGUGUUGCCAGCACAAGUACCACCAGAGGAAAGAGCAUUUGCACGAGGAAAUGCGGAAGGAGAUGGAGUCGUUGAGGCAGAGGGACGAGGAGGAGUUUGGCGAAGGGAAAUGCGCGCAUUAUCAGAAAUUCCUCUGGGACCUUCUGGAGAAGCCCACUACGUCUCUGGCAGCCCGGGUUGUUGCAGUGGUGUCCAUCCUGUUCAUAGUGUUGGCUACUUUUGCAUUGGUGCUCAACACAAUCCCAGACCUGCAAGAAGUGGGUGCGAAUGGGGAGCCAAAAGACAAUGCUUACCUGGGACGCAUUGAAGCUGUUUGCAUAGCCUGGUUCACUAUGGAGUACGUGCUGAGAUUUGCAUGUGCGCCCAACAAGUGGCAAUUUUUCAAAGGUGCUCUCAACGUCAUCGACCUCCUGGCCAUCCUGCCAUAUUAUGUCACGCUUUUCAUUGAGACCAAUAACAAGAAUGACUCCUUCCAGGAUGUGAGGCGAGUUGUGCAAAUCUUCCGGAUCAUGCGAAUCCUGCGGAUCCUGAAGCUAGCCAGACAUUCCACGGGCCUCCAGAGCCUGGGUUUCACACUCCGCAAUUCUUACAAGGAACUCGGCCUGCUCAUGCUGUUCCUCGCCAUGGGCGUGCUGAUUUUCUCCAGUCUGUGCUAUUUCGCCGAGAAGGACGAGCCCGGCACCAAGUACACGUCCAUCCCGGAAACGUUUUGGUGGGCCGGCAUCACCAUGACGACCGUCGGCUACGGCGACAUUUACCCCGAAACCCCCCUGGGCAAAAUGAUCGGCAGCGUGUGUUGCAUUUGCGGCGUGCUCGUCGUGGCUCUGCCGAUCCCCAUCAUCUCGGCCCGACGACGUCAGUCCUGA